ACCAGCGUCAAUCGACGGUCGGGAUAUCCCUGGACGGAUUACGCGCUGGAGCAAGCGCAGAUUGCACAGAAGACCAUCGAAAUCACCGUAGAGAACGCAAUCGAAGCCACAAGAUCGCGAGUUGAUCGUCUUCUCACCACUUCGUCUGCGCAUCUCAACCAAACAAUUGAUUCUUUGCAAGAGUUAAAGUCUGAGUGCAGUACAUAUGAGGAUAUUGUUUUUGGAAAGAUGAAAGAGGGUUUUCUUCUUGCCUCUUCGCGCCCAUUCGUUGCAACUGGAGUUGUUCUUGGUGUGGGAGUUCUCAGCCUAAAAAGAACGAGACAAUUCCUAUCCCACAGCACAAUGCGCCUCUUUCUUAGUGAAGAGAUAAUGCUUUCUAGAACUAAUGCAAAAGUCAAGGAGUUGCGGCAGUCAAUCGAUCUUUUGAAGGUUGAAAGUGAAAAGUUGGAGAAAAGGGCAUUGCAAGCUGAAGAAAACUUGGUGCGAGGGAGGACAAAACUCAAGCAAGCAGGAAAACAGAUUCACGGUGUGAUAAACUCUGCUUACAAGAUAGAAAGCCAAGCAAGAGGCUUACAGGAUGUUCUUACGGAGCUUCCCAGUAGAGAAGCAUCCAGAUUUCGAACACAAGUUAAGAGCGUUGCUAAGGAGGCGAAGAAAGAAAGAAAUGCUCUAUCCAAGGAAGUUACAAAGAUCAGUAAUUACGGUAUAUCGGUCUGAAUCUCACCUUUUUGUCUCUCUUUCAAUGGAUAUUAUUAAACCUUUUUGUUAUUUGUUGUUGAGUUUCUUACAUGCUUAAGCCGGUAGUUUUUUGGUAUCGAAUAAAAAGAUUACAUCAAGUACAUACAUGGCAUCUCUCCUCUUCUUUAAUGAGUUAUUAUUUCAAGUGUCGUUGUGUGAAGUUUAAAGUAACUAGGGCAAUUCCGUUUCGGUUCUUUCGCGUAUCUGUGCCCGUUUUCUUUUAGUCUGUCGCUUAUAAGAACGUUUUUUUUUGUGAUAAAUAUUGACAUGGUUGGUUGUCGAAAUUACUUUAUUGUCUUGGACAUUUGGCUUAAAGGUAAACCGUAUUAUGUAGAAAUUUUUAAAACAAUAUUUUCGCGUUUGA